CUUCUUUGAUUUAGGUUGCCGUUUAAGCCUUUUAACUGCCAGAAUGUCAGUUAAAAUGCCGUCUGCGGCCGUUGUCAUAGCUGUGAUGUUGCAGAUCGGUUUUCACCAGUGCAGCGCACAGUUAUCAUCGGGUGCAACAUUCAAAUGCCAAUCCAAAUUUGGCUACUUUGUCGACCCAGCAGACUGUGGGAAAUAUUACAUCUGUAGUUUCGGAAAUGGCGUGCAGCAAACAUGCCCCGAUGGAUUACAGUUUUCCUUGCGAUUACGAAAUUGUGAUUGGACGCGAAAUGUGAAAUGCAUUCAGCAUAAUGGUUAUACGUAUCGCGAAGGUGAAGGUUAUCUAACACCUGGUACAACAACCGAUGUUUCCACGACACUGGACAUCAACCUCUUUCCUUUAAGCAGCACAUCCCAGCUCAAAGGUAAUACAGAAGAGCCAAAACUGGAGAUAAGCCCGGCAGAACCGUGUACCAAGUCCACCUGCCAACCCCCCAGUUGCCGGUGCGGUAGCACCGAUACUCCCAACGCCAUGGAUCCCGAUGACAUUCCGCAGAUGAUCCUAUUGACCUUCGAAGGUGCCGUGACUGACUCGGCAAUGAACGUGUAUAAGAAUACGCUCACGAGAAAAAAUCCCAACAACUGUCCCAUCCGAGCGACGUUUUUCGUAUCCCAUGAAUGGACGGACUACUCCCAUGUCCAAAAUCUGGCGAAUCAAGGAAACGAAAUCGCAGUGCUAGGAGUAUCGAUGAAGUAUAGUGGCAAUCGGUCAAUGAAUUCCUGGGAAGACGAAGUCCAAGGUCAGCGCAGGAUCCUAAGCAAAUUUGCCAACAUACCUGAGAGGGAAAUCAGAGGCAUGCGUGCUCCUUAUCUGUCCAUCGGCGGCGACAAUCAGUUCCAGAUGUUGAGCAAUAACGAAUUCGUCUAUGACUCAUCGAUGCCGGUCUUUGAAAACGAACCACCUUUUUUUCCAUUCACGCUGGACUAUCGCAUUAACAACGUCUGCAUGGUGGAUCCAUGCCCUAGUGGCUCUUUCCAGGGCAUCUGGGAGAUGCCCAUCGUGAUGUGGAAUGAUCGGUCAGGAGACCGAUGCAAUACGGUGGAUACAUGCACUGAUCCAAAGAAUCAACAAGAAGUAUACGAACUCUUGAUAUCCAACUUCGAGCGACACUACACCAACAACCGCGCGCCGUUUAAUAUUUUCACUAGCGAGGCUUGGCUCUCUAAAGAAAUAAAUCAGCGAGCGUUCCGCGAGUUCCUGGAUACUGUGUUGGAUCAGACGGACCAGGCGCAAUAUCGUAAUGUUUACUUCGUCACCAUGAGCCAAGCGAUACAGUGGAUGAAGACACCCACUGAUUACGGUGAUAUCAAAACCUUUAAGCCCUGGCAGUGCACCGACACACCCAAAACCCAGCCCUGUAGGAAGCCCAACCCCUGCACUCCCUGGUUCGAGAAGAACAAAGAGAUCCGUCCCAUGAAAACAUGCCAGAAAUGCCCCAAAAACUAUCCAUGGGUUGGUAAUGCAUACGGUCAUUAAGACGUUGUGUCAGGCAUUCUGAUCAAUUAACACGUCAUAUAUAACUGUGCUACCUCAUGUGAUGGCAUGCAUGUUUUACGUCGCUCAUGAUAUCGUCCCGUUUAUUUAACUUUCGUGCUAUACCUUUAUAGCUCUGAUGUCGUCGUCGAAUACUUGUUAACUUUACCUUGUACAGACUGUACAGCUGAUCAUGACUGAGAGCGGUAUUCCA